AAAACCUUCAAUAUCCAUGUAUAACACAUCAAAUGGAAACCCAACGUUGUAAAGGGUGCAAGAACUACCUAACAGUGCCACCUGGGCAACCUUGUUCAUUCUGUUACAAGGUUAACAAGCCCAAGAAAAAGGGUAGCCGUCUACUCCAGCAAAUCGACGGUUUUGCUAACAGACUAGCAAACAAUAACCACUAUGCUGCCCCUUAUGGACAGCCAGCAGCAUAUGCUGCAGGUUAUUAUGCUCCACAAGGGUAUGGUCCUGGCUAUUAUAGCGCACCACCACCACCGCCGCCUGCAGCGUAUGGUUAUGACUAUUAUAACCAACAGGUGCAUGAGCCGAAGCGGGCAGUGCUAUGUGGUGUGACCUACAAAGGCCACCCAAAGACACUGCCUGCUAGUAUAACAAAUGUUAGGAGCAUGCACGAGUUAUUGCUCAAACUCCGGUUCCCAAAUGCUUCCAUUCGCAUACUUACAGAAGAGGAAUCAGACCCCACCAGGACCCCAACAAGACAUAACAUACUAAUGGCACUGGAGUGGCUUACCAAAGGUAGCCGAUCCGGCGAUUCGUUGGUGUUCUACUACGCAGGACAUGGGGCCCACGUGACGGAUGUCAACGGAGAUGAAAAAGACGGUCUUGAUGAAGCAAUAUGUCCUGUUGAUUAUAGUGGAUCUGGAAAGAUACUAGAUGAUGAACUCCAUGCCAUCCUUGUAGCACCACUACCUCAUGGAGUAACACUUCAUAGUAUUAUGGACACUUGCUUUAGUGGAACUCUUCUUGACCUACCUUUUCUUUGCAGGAUUAAUUUGGAAGGAUUCUAUAAGUGGGAAGAUCAACAUUCUUCACACGUCUCACCACAUGGUGGAAAAGCAAUAUGUAUUAGUGCUUGUGAUGACCAUCAAUAUUCAGCAGAUACAUCGGCUUUCACAGGCAACGCGAUUGGUGCAUUGACGUAUAGCUUCACUAACGCUGUCAAAAGUGCACGUAAUCUGACAUAUGGAGAUUUACUUGACAACAUGCGCAAAAUAGUUCGUAGAGCUCAACAAGAACAAGGAAUAGAUGCUCCGUUUGGAUCGAAGUCAUCACAGGAGCCUCAACUAUCUUGUUCAACAAAGUUCGAGAUUUACUCCCAGCCUUUUAUCUUGUAGAUUCCAUCUUAUUAUCUAUUUAUGCAUGAAAAGAAAAUAACACAAGUUGUGCAUGCCGAUUCUUCAAUUACAAGUCAUUAUCGUCGGCUAAAAAGGCUUAAUCACCUUGGGUUGAAAUCCAUAUUUUAAGAUUCUACAGGAUAAGAUGAAAUAACUCUUGUUUCUCUAUGUAAUAUUUCCGUUAUUUAUGUAGUUUACAAUGAGUUUAUGAAAAUGUUUGACUA